AUGGCACCAUCUAUUGGCGAGUACGACCAAGUGGUUGCCAUUACGCAACAAAUGAUCAACAAUUCACUCCAGGACCUGUUUGCGAUCAACCAAGCAAACGCCGUGAGCGCUGGCCAUGCAGCUGACGCCGUGAUACCGAAUUUCGGUCCAGGGACCUUUGCUUUCAAGGACUUCAAACUGGGUUGUCCCAGGGUUAUCGUGCACUAUAGUGACGAAGACAAAUACCAUGUCCUCUACCAGAUCCACAUUACCAGCGGCAGUUUUGUGACCCAGAAAAGCUGGACGGACACGACGCCUCUCACAUGGCCGAUCCAGGACUGGUAUUUCGCCUACUCCGUCAACAUUGGCAACAAGCCAGAGGUACUGGAGAGCUUGCGCAAGAAACACGACAUUCCGGGUGACUACUCAAUCCAGAAGUUGAUCAUGAAUAUGAAAGAUCCCGACAUCAGCUCAGCCACAAUGACUCAGUCCUACUUUGGCGGGUAUGAGAACGACAAAACACCCAAAUUGUCUGAAGACAACCUGAAAAACAUCAAGAUUCUGAUGACGACAAUCGGCGAGGGUCAAAGCAACACAAUGCUACACAUGCAAGACUUGAAUGUCCUCGGCUACGUGACCAACGGCCCCCAGAACAAAGCCGUUGUCGAGUCCCCUAAAGCGACCUUCAUUCCCUGUGGGCUCCAGUUCCAGACAUAUCCAUACAAAUCCAAUGGCAACGCCGCCGGGGAUGGCACGACCGGCAACUCCAGGCUGAACUACCUCUGCUACCUCGAGAAGACACUCAACCCGGGCCAAAAGGACCCGCCGCCCAUGCCGUCAGGGGACAAAAAGUAUCUCGGCUACGACGGCAACUGGACCGCCGGGUCCAUCUCGACGAGCAACGGACAAGACAACAUCACAGACGACCUACCCCUGGGCGCCUUUGUCUUGACAUCCGGCAAUUUCAUGGACCAAUAUCUAUUUCCCAGGCUGCGGGACAUCAUUGCCCGAAUGGCCAUUGGGUGGUCAGACUUGAGUGCCGGAGCGUGGGCCAACUCGACAUGGGCCAUGGGUAUCAAUCUCCACAUCAACGACCCCGGCAACGUCAAGGACAACGAAUACAGGUUCAGCAAGACUCAAAAUGGUCCGAAAACAGUCUGGACGUUUACGAAGUCCUGGCCUCAGGACCUGAAGCGCGACCACGGCGCUCAGUCGAUCAAAGUUACUGCUGAAUCGUCUUGCGAGGUAAAAAUCACCGCCACUGGAGACAGCCCGACGAUCAACGUCGAAGGCACCUCGUACAUACGCCUGUACAGCGAGGUAUGGUGGGGACUUGAGGACCAUGCUGCCAGCAAGGGAGACGACAUCCACCGCUCCUUCAAAUGGAACUUCAACCUGACCCUCCAAUCCGUCAACGACGGCGGCCUCCAAAUCAUCAUGACGGACCGCGGGCACCACGUCGACUACGACUCCAGCGACAGGCGCGACCUGAAAGACAAGUUCGGCGGCAUCAUCGACUGGCUCGAGGGCUGGUUCAACACGUUCAACUUUGACAACCUGGGCAGCCUGGAGAACGUGCUGGCAAACGACAUCGGGCGGGCGAGCAAGCUGGUCUUUCCGUGCUCGGGCGUCUUCUUCUACAAGAACCCCGUCAUGACGGACCGGGGCGACUUGAUGUGCAGUGUCGGGUACAAGCCGAGCGGGGAGACGUUUGGGGGCGCGGCCAGGGUGAAUCCGCCCGUGCUGGCGCCGACGGAUCCCAAGACGGUCAAUGAGAAGACGGAUAAGUGGUGA